AUGUCGGACGGCCAGACGAAGCAGUUCGGGAAGAGCCAGAGGGUCGUGCCCACCGACAAGGCCCAGAAGUGGUACCCCGUGGACGAUCAGUCGCAGCCCAAGAAAGUCAGUACACCCUGUGAAAAUGGGACGGCACAAAAAAGAGGAGGACAUACGACCCGGCACGCAUCCGCCCCGAUGAUUGCGACGAUGGCACCGGUUCGCAAGACCCUGCGUCCCGCCAAGGUCCGCGAGACCCUCGUUCCCGGCACCAUCCUGAUCCUCCUCGCUGGCCGUUUCCGUGGCAAGCGUGUCAUCCUCCUCAAGUCCCUCGACCAGGGUGUCCUCCUUGUCACCGGUCCUUUCAAGAUCAACGGUGUCCCUCUCCGUCGCGUGAACUCCCGCUACGUGAUUGCCACCUCCAAGCGUGUCGACAUCAGCGGUGUUGACGCCAAGGCCAUUGAGAAGACCUCCGCUCCCGGAUACUUCACCAAGGACAAGAAGGCUGAGAAGAAGACCGAAGAGGCUUUCUUCAAGCAGGGCGAGAAGGCUGAGAAGAAGGUUGUUGCCAGCGCUCGCGCCAGCGACCAGAAGGCUAUCGACCAGGCUAUCCUUGCCUCCAUCAAGAAGGAGGAUUUCCUCGGCAGCUACCUCGCUACCACCUUCAGCCUCCGAAACGGCGACAAGCCCCACGAGAUGAAGUGGUAA